AUGAAAAAGCUCAUGCUGGAUUCCAAGGCCACUCUCGGGUUGGUGUCUGACAAAACUGUCGACGAUGACUACUCCAGGGUGAACGCUUCGUUGAAGGCAUUCAAUGAAACGCACAAUGCAUACAACAAUUCUAUGAAUAAAACGCGGCAUGCCAUGAAGGAGGUCGUCCGCUCCCUGGAAGAUGCGUCAAAGGCGUUUGAAAAGCUCGCCGACAACACAAACGCCCCAAAGGAGGUCAAACUGUUCGCGACGGAAUUCAGGGUGGCCGCACAGAAAAUUGGAAAUGAAGUCUUCACAAGGUACGUUGAGAGCAUGGAGAAGGAUGUUAACAAGGCCGGUGGGACCACAAAUGCAGACUACACCGAGUGCGUCCACCUCGAACAACAAAGGAAUAAGGCUGUGAACGAGUACGAUGUUUACCGCAGCGCCGUCAGCAAGAAGGAAGAUGAAUAUGCAAAGAAGGGCAAAAACCUAAGUGACUCCAAAAGUUAUAAUGAAGAGGUGAGACAACGCGAUGAAUGGAAAAUAAAGUAUGAGGUUGCAGAUGCGUCACUUAAAGAAAAGUACGCCGCGUUGGAAGCAAAGAGUACAACAAACAAUGUUGCUUCUGUAACGGAGUUCAUCGGCUGUACAAACACAUUUUUAUUGGAGCUAAGUGAGGAGAUGAAGCACCUGCAAAAAAUGUCGUCGAAUUUGGAUGCGUAG